AUGGCCAGGGCCCUUCAAGAAGAGGAAGAGGAACAGAGUCGGAAAAUGCCUCGAAACACUCGCGAAUGCGCCGUCUGCAGUGAUGACAUUGCCAUUGCCGAGCUUCCUUCCCUUGCUAAUUGUGCUCAUCAGCCACAAACAUGCGCCGAAUGUUACGGUGUGUGGAUUACGACACAGCUCCGCGACAACAGCUGGAGGGAAGUCAAAUGCCCGGCAAAUGAAUGCAAAAUCAUCUUGGCGUAUUAUGAGAUUCAGCAGUAUGCAGCUCAAGAGAUCUUCGAGCAGUACGACACCUUCACCGCCCGCGCUGUAUUCAGCGACGAUCCGAACUUUCGCUGGUGUCGAGCUGAGGGCUGUAAAUCUGGACAGUUCCACGACGGUGGACAGGAUGGAAACAUCUUCACAUGCGCCGCUUGUAAGUUGAAAGUCUGCAUCGUGCACGAAGACACAUGGCAUGAAGGGGAGACGUGUGAGGAGUAUGAGUAUCGGAGGAGUGGCAAGAAAGAGCAGGAUCAGAGAGCGCAAGAGGAGGCGAGUCUGCAGGAAAUUAGCAAAUCUACCAAGAAGUGUCCUGGUGCUGGGUGUGUGUACAACAUUGAGAAGAAUGAUGGGUGUGACCAUAUGACAUGUUCGAAGUGUCGCUAUGAGUUUUGCUGGAUCUGUCUCUGCGACUACAACGAAGUGCGUUCGAAGGGGAAUGCCGCGCAUACUGAUGACUGCAAGUACCACACCACGAGGCUUCAUUAA